GUCCUUUUGUAACGCGUUCGGCUCACUCCCUUAUAAGGAUAAACCCCACAGCAUAAUCUCAGGCGAGAGAAAAACGAUUAUCUACAUGUCUAUGUGAUCCCUUGCCGGAGAUCUCCCGGCCAUGACCACAACAGCGGUGGGCCACCCAUCGCCGCCUCCCAUAAAUCUCCCCACCUCCGCUUUCUCUGCCGGUGAAUUGAGUGACGCCAUUCCAAUUUCGCCUAUGGAAGCCGCACACAUGUUCCACAACGGCGAGGAGGCGAUGGACGACUUCGACUUCGAUUUCUCAUUCGAAGAUUUCUACCUCCCCUCCGACAAUUCCCUCGAAAACGAUUUGCUACCAGUUUCGCUCGACCAGGCUGUUUGUGAUCCUGCCCUGGCGCAGCACUUGGGGCCCGCUUGUUUCGCGCAACAGGGAUCCGGCUGUGAACAGAUCGGGGCGUUUAAGGACUCUGCUAGCAUUUUCAAGUCGUCGUCUGCAGAACUCUGUCAUUUCUCGGCCGAUCACAUUGCAGGUGAUGCCGUCUUUCUGAAUCCUCCGUCACCGGAGCUAAGCUCCAGUGGCUCUGGGGUUUUGUUUCUGAAUUCUCCGGAAUCGCAGCAGAUUUGCGGAGAUAUCUCCGGGUACCUGAAUGUUCCGUCGCCCGAGUCGAAUGGGUCUAAUCGCGAGGCUUCUCAGCGGUCUGGUAAUGAAAACCAGGGCUCGAGUGGUGACGUAGUUUUGGAUUGCCCUUCUCCAGAGUCCGCCGGACCAGAAUUUGUAUCCACAGACUCAGAUAAAUCGGUAAAUUCCUCGACUGACUCUGGAACUGCAAAUUCGAUUAAGAUUGGUGUGGUUGACCAGAAAUUCAAGUUAGAGAACGUGAAUGCUGAUACUGUUAAUAACAAUAAAAUAAAUAACAGCUGUACUAACUCUAUGCUGAAGAGGAAAAAACAUACUGAGGAGACCAACAAUGGGGAGUCUCGGAGUAGCAAACAUAGAAAACCUGUUGACUAUAUCAACACUGAGAAUAACAGUGAGAAUAAUGAUAAUAUCUCUUGUGGAGAGGAAGAGAAGAGGAAAACUAGAUUAAUGAGAAACCGAGAGAGUGCCCAACUCUCAAGGCAACGUAAGAAGCAUUACGUUGAGGAGUUGGAGGAUAAAGUGAGGAAAAUGCAUUCAACAAUCCAAGACCUGAAUGCCAAGAUAUCUUAUCUAAUGGCCGAAAAUGCUGUCUUAAGGCAGCAGGUGGGUAGUAAUGGAGUUGCUGUGGCACCCCAAAUGGCACCCCCACCCCCGGGGAUGUAUCCACCCGUAAUCUAUCCAUGGAUGCCAUGUGCACCACCUUAUAUGAUCAAGUCACAAGGGUCUCAGGUUCCUUUAGUUCCGAUUCCAAGGUUGAAGCCUCAUAAAACAGUCUCUACACCUAAAAAUAGUAAGAAAGUGGAGAAUAAGAAGCAUAACGAGGUGAAGACUAAAAGCGUUGCCAGCAUUAGUUUCAUUGGCUUGCUGUUUUUUAUAUUUAUAUUUGGUGGGUUGGCCCCCACAAUGAAUUCAAAGUAUGGGGGGAUCAGAGAGGCAUUUACAAGGAGAGAUGGUUAUACAUAUGAAAAGCACCCCGGAAAAGUGUUGGCUGCUAAUAAUGAAACUGGCCAUGGUGAGAGCUAUGAUAAUAGGAAGUAUUUUAGCAACAUGACCCAUUUUGGUGGUGGGGAAGAUCACGGAGAUGGAGGAGUAAAGAGACACAGCGAGAAAGAGAAAGAUGAGUUUGUUCAAUCGGGCAAUGGUAGUGCACCCCUUACGGCCUCCUUAUAUGUUCCCAGGAACGACAAGCUUGUGAAAAUCGAUGGUAACUUAAUCAUUCAUUCUGUUAUGGCAAGUGAGAAAGCCAUGGCGUCUCAUGGUAGUGCCAAAGAAAAGGAGGGGAGCAAAGAGACAGGUCUGGCAGUUCCUGAAAACAUGGCCUCUGCUAUCACUGGUGGAAUACAUCCUCAAUUGUAUCAAGGUGCAGCUGAGCAUCAGAGGGCACUUGGUUCUGAUUCUAUGGGAAAAGACAAUAUGAGGUCAUCUGGAGCUGCUGAUGGUAGACUGCAGCAAUGGUUCAGAGAAGGCCUUUCAGGACCUAUGUUAAGCUCAGGAAUGUGUACAGAGGUAUUCCAGUUUGAUGUGUCAUCGGCCAUAGUUCCAGCCAGCUCCCUGAGGAAUAUAUCUCAGAAUGCCAAAAAGGGGAGAAAUAGAAGGAUCCUCAAUGGUUUUGCGGUUCCUCUUUCCGCAUCAUCUCACAACAUAUCUGCUGAAACAGUGGAAAUAAAUGGGGAGGGAGAAGAGCUGAAGGGAAACAAUUCACUGUCUUCUUCAUCAAUGGUUGUUUCCGUGCUUGUCGAUCCGAGGGAGGGUGGGGAUGGGGAUGCUGAUGGGGUGAUGGGAAAGAAGUCUCUCUCUCGGAUAUUUGUUGUCGUGUUGGUGGAUAGCGUAAAGUAUGUAACUUACUCGUGCAUCCUUCCGUUAAAGGGAUCGGUCCCUCAUCUAGUCACUACCUGAGGAAGGAAAGAGGUGUUAGGUUAGUUAAACUCACCCAUCUUCUGAAGCAAUUUUGUGGAGAGCUUAUAUGCUGGGACGAUGUUGAUGAUAGAGAAUGACAGAAGUGGAAUAGCGUAAUUUAUAUAUUUAAUAACAAUGAGGACUUUUAUCUUCUUCUUUAUAUUAGCUUCUUCUCAUGUAACCUUGCACCUGAUACAAGAGACUAGUUCUAAGACUUCUAACUUGUGUACGAUAUCAUGUGUAAUUUUCAGCUUUUGUAUUUCAUAUAUGCAGCUUCUAUACGAUCAACUCUUGAUAUACUCCAUUUGGUAUUUCUUAAUAU